AUAUUGUAGCUUUAGUGUAUAACAAAAAGUUUACGUUGUGUGAUUAUUUAUUAUAUUUGUGGCGUAGUGAAAUAAAAACAAUGGCGGAAAAAUGUUUUGUAAAAAAGUGUGUUUUCUGGUUUAUAUUAGUUCCAUGUGUAUCUUCAGAAAAGUUUUCACAAAGUUUUAUUGAUUGUGGUUCAUAUAAUAUACACGUGGACGACGUUUCCAUCCAGGGAUGUGACCAAGCUACAUGCUAUCUCUACAGAGGACAUAGUUACAAUUUCAUUAUUACACCAUUUUUUAUCGAUCCUUAUAAAGACAGCGUGGAAGUAGAUGUGAAGAUUCUUAUAAGAGGAGCCUUAUUUAAUAUAAAUUCUAAAUUGGAGGAGCCCUGUGGACUGCCAUGCCCAAUUGCCAAUAGAGUUGUUGAGCCUGAAAUACCAAUUACAAUUGAUAUUGGAACUAACCUAUUAAGAGGUUCAGCACCACUAAUCAUAAAUGCGACCUAUAAAAAUGGACCCAUUGGAGCCAGUCACUUUUGCAUCUCUAUUCCUGUGUAUAUUUGGUGACGCACUAAUUUAUUAUUAUUACUUAAGUAAAUACAUUUUUUAAGGGAACUUUGUUUCAAAGAGGGUUUAAUAUUGGAUAAAUAAAACACUUCUUGGAGUAAUAUUAGAUUUAUCAAA